GUAAUCUGUGGUAGUUUUGAAAAUUGUUUGCCGGGGUAGAAUUUCAAUUUUCAUGGUAAUUUAUUAUUGAGAAAAGAUAGUCUUUUCAUUAGAAAAAUGUCACCAUUGCAAAACAUUUUUCGACUGAGCAGCUCAAUAACAGGAAAUUAUAAGAAUAUUCUCUUGGGAAGAACAAGCUGGCUUAGCCCGAUACAAAUAUGCACUUAUACAAGGAAAUCGGCAGAAGAAAAGCUCGGCAUAGAGAAGCCAAAAAGACCCUUGACACCAUUUUUCAAGUUCAUGACACAGAUGAGACCUGCAUUACUCGCUAAAAACCCUGGAAUUAGCUCUAAGGAAGCCAUAACAUGGACUUCUAAACAUUGGCAACAGUUAGAUAGUGAGACAAAGUCACAGAUGAAUAAAGAAUAUGAAAAAGACAUGGAAGACUAUAAGAAGAUAAAAGAAAUAUACAUGUCAUCCCUCACUGAACAACAGAAAGAUGACAUAAAGCGAGUGAAGGAAGAGAUGAGUGCUGCUAAAGAAAAACGUAAAUUGAAAGCUGAAUAUAAAGAAUUGGGUAGACCAAAGAAACCGAUGUCUUCUUAUUUAUUGUUCACCCAAACAAGAAAGGAGUCAUUUAAAGGGAAACAACUAAAGGAAUACCAAGAAACUAUAAAAAACGAAUGGUUAAAACUGACUGAGAGUGAACGAGUGAAGUAUGAAAAACAGGCUCAAGAUCUUAUGAAUAAAUACAAGAAAGACUUAGAAGCUUGGGAAUUAAAAAUGGUGGCCAUUGGACGUUCCGAUCUUGUGCAGCAAAAAACCCUGCGACAGAAAGCAAAAUCUGAGAAAAAGUCACUAUAGGAAUUUGGGUGCUCUGACCAUGAAUCUGAUACAAUAAAUCCAGAAUCUAGAAAUAAGGAUAAUAAAACUAAUGAACAGAAUAAUAAUGAGUAUUAUAGUUUAAAUAUACAAACAGAAGAAUCUAAGCAUGUAAGUGAAAAUAAGACUAUUAU